CGGUGGUAUAAUGUGUGACACCAUGUUGACGUCUAUUCAAGCCCAGCAUGGCUGGUAAUUACGAGAGAGUACCUGUGUGUCUGCUGAGAACCAACAGCAGCAGCAAUAUUAAGAGCUCAUCUUCAUGCAUUAGAUCCAGCAGGCAUGUUAUAACAGGGAGCACUGCGUUGAUCUGGUUACAGUUUUUGCCAAUGGCGGAGAACGAGAAAGCGAUCGCCACCGCACAGAUGCCGGUUACGGUAGGGGACGUCGUUGCGUCAUCGUGCCACAGCACGGCGCCCCCUGCUGUCUCCGUCAGUGACCAGCAGGACAGCCCUCGCAGCUCUACUCCUCAGGACUUCACAGCGGAGCAGACCACCCAGCCGUACCCACGCUCCCCCAGGCUGGUCCGAAAAGCGAAUCAGACAGCCAGGCCCUCGGCGGAAGUGCUGUCCAGGCUCCUGGAAGAGCUGCAGGCAGAAAGAUCUAGAACGGAGGCCCAUUUACAGUCUCUGAAGAAAAGGAGUACUGACCUGUCGAGCAUCGCAGAGGCCAUGAAGCAGCAGAUCGGCGAGAGGUUCGAGAGCAUGCGGCAAGCCCUGCAGAAGGACGAGCAGGAGGUUCUGGACUCGGUGGAGCAGGACCGCAGAGAGACCGCCGGCCGGCUCAACCGCGUCCUGAAGGACUGGACCCAGCACCUGAACCAGGUCCAGAAGAACAUCACCAGCACAAAGAGAGCUCUGGAGCAGUCCGGGAAGGAGGGAGUCACGGAUUACACUGGGGAUCUAAGCUGUCACAAAAAGGAGGGCGCAGCUGAGGAGGAGAUCAAAAUGAAUGAGGACAGAUUUCAGAGGCUGCUGAAACUACUGCGCAACAUUUCAAAGGAUCUGCAGGCACAGCUGCAGAGAAAGACCUUCCUGCUGGAUUCCUUGGGGGUGCAAAUCGACAAACAGACGUCUCACAGACAGAUCGCGGUGGCGGGAGACGGGAGGGGGAUGUGCCUCUCCUCCGAGCCCCAGCCUGCGCCAGAGCUCCCCCUGCAGUUUGAGAGGGUGUACUGCGCACUGGGCUCGGUUGCCGUGGUGACGGGGAGGCACUACUGGGAGGUGGACGUGCGGGGCUGCUCGGCGUGGGCCGUGGGAGCCACCUACGGGUGCAUCGAGCGGAAGGGGAAGGAGAAGGGCGCCAAGCUGGGGCGGAACCGGCACUCGUGGUGCGUGGAGCUGCACGACGGCCGCCUCUCCGCCUGGCACAACGACCGCCACGUAGCCUGCCGCGCCGGCGGGCACGGGCCGCCGCGCAAGGUGGGCGUUCUGCUGGACUACCAGCGGGGCCGCCUGGCCUUCUACGACGCCCGCAGCAUGAAGCUGCUGCAGGAGUUCAGCGCCGCCCUCACGCCCGUGUUCGACAGGAUGCACCACCAGUUCACGGCGCCCGUCCUCCCCGCCUUCCGCUUCUUCAAACCCCAGAGCAGGCAGCUCGGGCCGGACAGGAUGGAAAUCUGCGACUUACGAGUUUAAAGGGCUUGUGCAUUCAAAAUGCUCACCUUUCCGAGAUCUUUCUCAAUGCAGUGUACUCACACCCUGUUGGUCCCAUGCACAAAUAUAAAGUAUCCAAUCUUAGGCAGACAGCAGAGGGGCUUUGAUAUACUAUGCAUUAUGCCUGUCUUUCAUUCAACUUUAUCAGACGCAAUUUGUUAUUUCUCUUUUUAAGUUGCUGCUAAAUGUCAAAAUGUAAAUGUAGUUAGGGGAGGUUCCUCGGGGUUGAUCUUGUAAUGUAUUAACACACACAAUCUGUAACAUAUUCAGUUAUUUGCUCUGUCUUACAGUAACUGGUGUACUUGUACAUCAUAAUCAUUUAUUUACUCUGUACAAUAAAGUACCCUUGAUCCUGUUUGA